CUUUCCGCUGAAGCAUUUCCUGUUGUCGGCAGCGUGCAGGGAAAGCCGAGCGAGGAUGGUCAAAAUGAGUAAAGAGGCUAAGCAGCGGCUGCAGCAGGUAUUCCGCUGCGGACAGUUCGUCAUCCGUUGGGGUUUCAUCCCGACCAUCCUGUACCUGGGUCAGUCUGGGGCCUCUCCUGGAGUUCAGCCUACGUGAGAUUCACUGCUGUGU